GGUCAAAAGCUUAGAGAGAAUCUCCAAGGCAGUUGGUCAUUGGGAUUCUAACAAUGUUCCUUUCCAAAAUCCGCGGUGACAAAUCCCUAAGUUUAUUGUAUUCAUUCACACAAAAAAAAAGUAGGUAAAGGUGUGAUGUCCCAACGACACUUGAACAUAUUUUUGUCCAGAGCUGAAAGCUUUAAUCUUCUCACAGUCAUCAAGUGAAGCAGGCGUCAAAGCUUUGUCCACUCUAAUUUUUUUGUCCUCACUAAAAUAAAUCAUUAAAUACUGUGUCUUCGCUGUACUGUCCUAAUUGUUCACCUCCUUUUUCUUUUGCCUAAAAUCGCGGCUGUUCUAUCGAAUCGGACGAACAGCAGUGCAACCCCAUUCUGGAUCAGCAUUUGCACCGUUGGAUUCAAACGACAGUGGGAGUUUUUUAAGCAAAUCCUACUCUAGAUUUUAGCUUCUCAGUACAGCUGCUGGCAAAUUGCCGCACUAUGCAAAGGCGCCCGAAAGGUUUGGCAAUCGACCCCCGGGAGCUUCGUUGCUUCAGCAUUUCUGCAUUGGUCGUUGAUUUACGAGCGAGUGGAUUACUCAACGAACGGUUUAUUUCAAUCUAUUGCAAGGUGGAGAGGUGAAGGGAGACCAUGCAAAAAUGUGUCAUUUGAACCUGUUAAGACUGACUGAUUCAAUAGAGGUGUGCAGUUUGGUUGGAGCAAUUUAAUAUUGCUGUAAAUUCGCUCCCAAAAUUCCUGACUUUGCAACACCUUUGAGUGCCUUAUUGAAGGGUUAAGAUAUUGAUGUGAAUUACUAGAAGUUGAACUAGGAAGCAAUUUCUUAGCAGUAAAUCGCUAACUGGAUAAUAGUAGGCUUCCAGAUAUUCAAGAUAAACUCUAUAAAAUCUCAGAUGCCAAUUAAGAACCAAAAUGGAGUAGGGUUGGAAGACCCUGAUGGUAUAUGGGCAAAUGUUGCACAGUUCAUUGAACAACUACGCACAAGUUCUUCCACUACUCAUGAGAAGGAGCUGAUCACCCAACGGCUUCUGAAUAUAGCAAAGUCAGGGAAGGAUGCAAGGAUAGCAAUUUGCUCUCAUUCACAGGCAAUUCCUUUGCUUGUUGCACUCCUUAAAUCUGGAACAUCCACUGCCAAGAUCAAUGUAGCUUCAAUUUUAGGGGUCCUAUGUCAAGAAGAGGAGUUAAGAAUCAAAGUUCUGCUUGGAGGUUGCAUUCCUCCUUUGCUUGGACUGUUAAAACUUGGGUCGGUAGAAGCACAGAAAGCAGCUGGAGAGGCCAUAUAUGCUGUUUCGUAUGGCAGUCUGACAGAUCAUGUUGGGAGCAAGAUAUUUGUGACUGAGGGUGUAGUCACCUGUCUGUGGGAUCAACUUGGUAUGAAUUGCAAUCAAGACAAGUUUGUCGACGGUCUUCUAACUGGGGCAUUAAAGAAUUUAUGUAAUAAUACCGAAGGAUUCUGGAAAGUAACUAUUGAGGUUGGUGGAGUGGAAAUCCUUGUGAGAUUACUCUUUUCUGGCAAUCCAGUUGCUCAAGCCAAUGCAUCUUUUCUCUUGGCUAAUCUGAUUUUGGGUUCUGAAACUAGCAGUGUUCUAGUGGAUGAGGCUGGUGCUGUUAAAUCUCUGCUUAAGCUUUUAGAUUCCAAAAAUGAGACCUCUGUACGUGCUGAGGCAGUUGGUGCAUUGCAAGCUCUUACCUCCAAGUUAAAGAGUGCAAGGAAAUCUCUAGAGGAUGCAGGUGGCAUUCCACUUCUGAUUGGUGCAAUUGCAGCACCUUCCAAGGAGUCUCUGUAUGGAGAAUCUGCCCAAGCCUUGCAAGAGAAUGCCAUGAAGGCAUUAGCUAAUAUUUUGGGGAGUAUGUCUUCUGUAGUUUGCAGUCUCGGAGAAACCAUCAGAAGUGGCAGUAAUGGUAUUCAACUUGUUGACACAAUUGGUGCUUUGGCUUAUGUACUGAUGAUGUUUUCUGAUUCAGACUCAGAAGAUUCCAUAAAUGUGGUUGAAUUGGAGGGCCUACUAAUCACACAACUCAAGCCAGACGUGCCAAGGCUUGUGCAAAAACAUGCAAUUGAAGCCUUGGCUGGUUUGUACGGCAAUGUUUACUUCCAUAGGCAUUUGUAUCAUGCAGAAGCAAAAAAGUUGCUCAUUGGUCUGCUUAUAGGGGCUAGUAUUGAAGUGCGCAGAGAGCUCACACACUCAUUAAAAAUCUUGUGUACUACUAGUUCAGAUAUCUGGCAAUCUCUUAGAGGACGAGAAGGGGUUCAGCUGUUGAUAUCACUGCUGAGUUUAUCUAGUAGGCAACAACAAGAACAUGCUGUUGCUCUACUUUCUAUUAUAUCUCUAGAAGCUGAUGAGGGCAAGUGGGCUAUAACAGCUGCAGGUGGAAUACCUCCACUUGUGCAACUGCUUGAAACAGGCUCUGUGAAAGCAAAAGAAGAUGCUGCUCUCGUGUUACGAAAUUUAAUUUGUCAUAGUAGAGAUAUUCGUGCUUGUGUCCAGAGUGCAGAAGCUGUUCCAGCCUUCUUAUGCCUGCUGAAAGAUUCUAGUACCAAAGGUCAAGAAAUUGCUUCAGAGGCACUUAGGCAACUAAUUGAGGAUUCGAAUCCUAAUACUUUCAGCCAGUUGAGGAGUUUACUUUCAGGAGAUCAUCCAGAGUUAAAGGUGCACAUACUCGAUGUGUUGGGCCAUAUGCUUUCAUUGGCAUCUCUUGAAGACCUGGUUUCUGACGGAGCUGCUGCUAACAAAAGCCUUCAUGUGGUCUUGAAUUUGCUUGGAUCUGCUAAUUUGGAUAUCCAAGAGAAAGCUGCAUCUGUUCUGGCUGAUGUUUUUGAUGUCCACAAAGGCAUUUCUGCAAGUCUUGAUAAACUGGAGAUCAUUGGCCCUUUGAUUAGUUUGCUACACAGUGGAACGGAGCGUAUUGCCAUUCAAUCUGCCAGAGCACUUGCAGCCCUUUUUGUAUCAAUUGAAACUAAUAAGCAGAUGUCUUUUCUUGCGAAAGAUGCAAUUAUACCAUUAUUUAAUCUCACAAAAUCUCCAAGCAUAUCUGCUGUAGAGAUGGGAAUAGCUGCUUUAGCUAAUCUUCUAUUAGAUGGACAAAUCGCUAAUGAAGCUAUCGCAGAUGAUGUUAUUCCUCCAUUGACGAGAGUAUUAAUGGAAGGGACUCUCAGAGGAAAGCAACAAGCGGCAGAUGCAUUAGCUAGAUUAAUAUGUCAUGGGCCAGUUGAUCAUGUAUUCAUUGAGGCAAUUCACCGCUUUGGAACUGUUCUUCAUCUGGUCUCUUUCCUUUCUAAUACAAAUUUGAAAGAUAAGAUUAAAGAGAAGGUACUUGAAGCACUUUCCUUAUUGUGCAAAGAACAACAUGGUGGAGCAGUGAAUCAUCCUCUAUGGGAAGUACUUGUGGAAGCACCUAACUGCUUGCAGCCAUUGGUUACAUGUUUGGAAGUUGGCAUUCCACCAGUACAAGAAAAGGCAAUUGAAAUUCUUUCUAAACUGUGUCGAGUCACACCUGUAGUUCUUGGAGACAUGGUUACAAAAGCAUCAAGUUGCAUUAAUGGACUUUGUGAUUGUAUUUUACAUUCUUCCAGUUUGGAAGUGAAAGUUGGAGGAACUGCUGUUCUUAUUUGCGCUGCCAAACAACACAAGCAGAAAACAAUGGAAGCUCUUAAUGGAUCAGGAAACUUCAGAGAGCUUGUCCACUGUCUUGUUGAUAUGCUUAAGAUAAGUGCAGACAUUAGUGAUUGUGAAUUUGUUAAAACUGAGGAAAAUAGAAAGUACAAUAGCCAAGAAAGGCUCAUGGAAUUGGAUGGAGAAGCCAAGGUUGAACCACUUUCAGAUCUUGAUCCUCAAUCUGUCACAGCAGCUAACUUUGCACUGUGGUUGCUAUCCAUAUUUGCAUCACAUGAUGACGCAUGUAAAAUUGCUAUCAUGGAGGCAGGCACAGUUGAGAUCCUGACUCAUAAACUAUCAUCUUACUCUUCAAAUUCAUGUCAGGCACAGGUGGAGGUCAAUGAAGGCAUUUGGGUUGGUGCAUUAUUGUUGGCACUCUUGUUCCAAGACAGAAAAGUCAUUGAGACUGCUGCUACAAUGCGUGCAAUAGCAUCUCUUACUCAUUUGUUAAGUUCUGAAGAAGUAAUCAACAAAUACUUUGCUGCACAAGCAUUGGCUAGUCUUGUUUGCAAUGGAAAGAAGGGGACACUUCUUGCAGUUGCAAAUUCUGGAGCAGCUGGAAGUCUAAUCCCAUUUCUUGGUACCAUGGACAGUGACAUAGCCAAUCUUGAGAUGUUAUCAGAUGAAUUCUCUUUAGUGCAUCAUCCUGAUCAAGUAGUUCUAGAACAGCUUUUCCAGGUGGAUGAAAUUAGGGUGAAUGCAACUGCUCGAAAAUCAAUACCUGCUUUAGUUGAACUACUAAGGCCCAUGCCAGAUCGCCCAGGUGCACCUCCAUUAGCACUCAACAUUCUAUCCCAGAUUGCUAUAAGCAGUGAUGCAAACAAACUUGCUAUGGCAGAUGCAGGAGCUUUGGAAGCUAUAACCAGGUAUAUAUCAUUAGGUCCUCAAGAUUCAAUAGAAGAAGCUGGCACAGAGUUGUUGCGAAUCCUAUUUGAAAAUUAUGAGCUUCGGCAUCAUGAAGCAGCAAAAGGUGCUGCAAGCCAGCUUGUAGCAGUUCUGCGAUUAGGUUCACGGGGUGCUAGAUAUAAUGCAACUAGAGCUCUUGAAGAAAUUCUGGAUGCCAAAAAGAUAAAAUCCAGUGAUACAUCAAAGAAAGCUGUUAAACCAUUGGUGGAAAUUCUUAUCACAGGAUCUGAGAAAGAACAAGAAGCUGCAAUCAAUGCCCUUAUCAAGUUAUCAUUUGAAAAUCCUGCCAGGGCACUAGCCAUUGCAGAUGAUGAAAACAAUCCUGUGGAAUGCUUACGCAAGAUUUUAUCAACUUCCUGUUCCUUGCGAUUGAAGGAAAGUGCGGCACAACUUUUCUGUGUUUUAUUCAGGAACUCCACGGUAGAAACUACAUCUGUGGCCUCUAAUUGUAUCGAAUCUCUUGUAGAACUCCUGAAGACAGAUCACAUUGCAGUUCAGCAAGCAGGGGCUUGUGCACUAGAUAAGCUGUUGGAUGACAAACAACAGGCAGAAUGUGUUGUGGCUUGUGGUGCUGUGAUACCUCUUGUUCAAUUAGUGUCUAGUACAAGUUAUCCAUUACUUGAGGCAGCCAUUAGUGCUCUGAUCAAGUUGGCAAAGGACCACUCACUUUGCAAGAUUGACAUGGUUAAAGCUGGUGUAAUUGAUUAUGCUUUGGAAGUUAUGCCAGUUGUUCCUGAUUCUCUUUGUGCUCUUAUUUCAGAGCUAUUUCGGAUUUUAACAACUACAAGCAGUAUUGCCAAGGCUGCAGUUGCUUCCAGGCUAGUGGAGCCUCUUUUUAUAGCUUUGACUCACCCAGAGUUGAGUACAUGGGGACAGAAUAGUGCACUGCAAGCAAUUGUAAAUAUCUUGAAGAAACAUCAAGGCUCUCUUGACUUGAAACUUACACCGAAUCAGGCCAUUGAGCCAUUAGUUAUGCUUCUUGAAUCACCAUCUCAAACCGUACAACAACAUGGUGCUGAACUACUAUCGCAUCUUCUUGCUCACGAGUAUUUUCAACGUGAUACUUUAACACAGCAUGCUGUUGUUCCACUUGUACGGCUUGCGGGUAUUGGUAUUCAGAGCUUACAGGAGAAGUCAAUCAAGGCACUGGAAAACGCAUCUAUCAGUUGGCCAAAUGCAAUUGCCGAAGCUGGUGGCAUUAUGGAGCUAUCAAAGGUCAUCUUACAAGUUGAUCCAAGACCACCGCAUUCAUUAUGGGAAUCAGCUGCCUCAGUAAUUUCAAAUGUUUUGCGUUUUAGUUCACAAUACUAUUUUAAGGUGCCUCUUUCUGUUCUAGUUGAGCUGUUGCGAUCAAGCUCCGAGACAACUGUUGCAGUAGCUCUCAAAGCACUAGUUGUUCUAGAAAAAGAUGAUGCUUCCAGUGCUGAAAUGAUGGCAGAAGCUGGGAUUGUAAAGUCACUGUUGGGGCUUUUAAGGUGUCACCAAUGUGAGGAAGUAGCAUCUGGUCUACUAGAGGCCUUGUUCAACAAUAGCAAAGUGCGAGAAAUGAAAGUAGCCAAGCAUGCAAUUUCUCCUCUGUCACAGUAUCUUCUUGAUCCACAGACUAGAGCCCAGCCUGCCAGAUUAUUAGCUGCUCUUGCACUUGGUGAUCUUUUCCAGCAUGAUGGACUAGCCCGGACAAGUGAUUCUGUCUCAGCAUGCCGUGCACUGGUUAGUCUGCUUGAGGAUCAGCCUACAGAAGAUAUGCAAAUGGUUGCAAUAUGUGCAUUGCAGAAUUUAGUUGCACACAGUAGGACAAAUAGGCGUGCAGUUGCAGAGGCAGGUGGUAUACAGGUUGUGCAAGAGCUUUUAACUUCAAAUAAUUCAGAGAUAUCUGCACAAGCAGCAUUGCUGAUAAAACUUCUGUUCUCCAGUCAUGUACUCAAAGAAUAUGUUUCUAGUGAAAUCUUACACUCUUUGACAGUGGUAUUGGAAAAGGAACUUUGGGCAACGGCCACUGUCAAUGAAGAUGUUGUCAGGGCUAUUUAUGCUAUUUUCAGUAACUUUUCAAGACUUCGUGAAACAGAAGUGGCCACCCUUUGCAUCCCACAUUUGGUUGGUGCUCUACAGGCUGGAAUAGAAUCAACUCAAGAGGCUGCUUUGGAUGCAUUAUGUUUGCUAAAGCAUUCAUGGGCGUCUAGUCCUGUGGAUGUUGGCAAAGCACAGGCUAUGGCUGCAGCAGAGGCAAUUCCCAUACUACAAUUGCUCGUCAAGUCUGGUCUCCCUCGAUUCCAGGAGAAAGCUGAAAGCUUGUUACAAUAUUUGCCAGGAACCUUGACUGUUACCAUAAAGCGAGGCAAUAACUUGAAACAGGCUAUGGCUAGUACUAAUGCAUACUGUAAACUAACAUUUGGCAAUGGUCCUCCUAGAGAAACCAAAGUGGUAAAUCAAAAUACCUCACCAGAAUGGAAGCAAGGAUUUGCUUGGGCAUUUGACAUGCCUCCUAAGGGUCAAAAACUUAUUAUUUCUUGCAAGAGCAAGAAUACCUUUGGAAAGGUUGCUCUUGGAAAAGUGGCUAUUCAGAUAGACCGAGUGGUAAUGUUGGGAACGAUAAGUGGCCAGUAUACAUUAAUCCCUGAUAGCAACCGUGAUGGUACAUCACGAACACUCGAGAUAGAAUUUCAGUGGUCCAACAGGUGACUUAAAUAUAGUAUCCCCUCACAAGCUUUUUGCGCUUUGUAAUCACUAAGAGUUGCUACACAUGGCAUUUUUCUGUCUCUAGAGUUGAGAAUGGAGAGCAUGUAACGAAAAUAUGUACUAGAUUAUGCAAACUCUGCAUGUCUGCCAUCAGUCGAUUUCAUUUCUUUCCACAGACAGUGCCAAUCCUAUAUUAUCUGAGAGGCAUUGAUGUUGUUGCUGCUUGGAUAGUAUUCUGUCAAGUAUUAGGCUUUCAGAGGCAGCCUGCUUACUGGAUUGAGUGCAGCAUGAUCGCUUUGGGAAAAACUCUUAACAUUAAGCUUCACGUGACAAGCUGCUACGUUGUUGAAGUUCAAUAAUACUGUGCAUGAUUCCAAUGGAAAGAAGGCACACAUCUCUCAUGUCAUUCUUUCUCAGUUUCCUCAUGGCAUAAGCACAUAAAUUGUACAAGUCCACAUAAAUUGUAUUUAUUUCUACGAAUAGUAAGGAGGUCAAUUACUUUCUACUGGACCUCUAUUUUCUUGAACAAUGAAAUCAAGAUUUGAAUUUCGGAGUGUACGGUUCUGUACACUGUUCCAUAAGAAAUUAUGUGUUAUAAGAAUUUACAACAUUCACUUUCAUAAAUGUGCAUGUAAUUAUAAUUAUGUCUGGAAAGAUUCUGGACCUGCCAAUAAAUAUAAAUAACUGUUUUAUUCUGGUCA